AAUUAAAAGAAAAUAAAUUCUACCUCAAAGGAGAAAGAAACAGCAGAAAUUAGAGCAGGGGGAGAGUUGGAGAAGGAGACCGAAACAAGAAAGCUCAGCGGAUUGGAAGGUCCAAUCAGAGGUGGAAGAAGAAUUUCUUUGCUCUUCUCUGCCGUGCUCGAUUGGGGGUGUCAAUCUGAAGUUGAAGGUAUUGUCCAAUUUUAUAUGAAAUUGUUGUCGGCAAAUUCAAGGCGGAUUUGAAAGCGGUGGUGUUGCUUCGCGGGGUUGAAUUGGAGCUGCGAAGGCGCUGAAAGCCUGAACCUAUUAUUGAACUACAUUUUCCGUGUUAAUGAAACACAUGGUGUACUGCUAUUUAUUAGCUCGAAAGAUAGGAAUUGUAUUCUUUAGCAUUACACAGUGGGUUUAGGAUGGAUGUUGAAGUGAUUGAUGUCGAAGGAAUGGUGCAUCAUGGAAUAGCGGAUGAUGGUGAUGCUGAACGAAGUGAAGGUGGAGAAGUGAAUAACGCCGAAAAUUCCGAGGCUCAUGGUGAAGAUGGGAUUUCCGAGCCAUAUGUGGGUAUGGAAUUUACUUCUGAAGAGGCUGCCAAGACUUUCUAUGAUGAAUAUGCAAGGCGUUUGGGUUUUAGCUCUAAAGUUGGUCAAUCUAGUCGUUCUAAACCUGAUGCGACAACCAUUGCUCGGGAGUUUGUAUGUGGCAGAGAGGGUUUGAAAAGAAGGCAUGCUGAUAGUUGUGGUGCAAUGCUUAGGAUAGAGUUAAAGCGUCAAGAUAAGUGGGUUUCGACGAAAUUUGUGAAGGAGCAUAGUCAUGCAUUAGCAAGUCCUGGUAAAAUGCAAUACCUUCGGCCUCGUCGGCAUUUUGCUGGUGCUGCAAAGAAUGCAGCUGAAACCUAUCAAGGAGUAGGGAUUGUUCCCAGUGGUGUUAUGUAUCUUUCCAUGGAUGGAAACCAUGGUAACCGUGCCACUGUAGAGAAAAACCGUGUAGUUAGGAAUACUUCAUCUGCAGAAUCAAAUAGACCAGUCAAGAAUGCUGUAACAAUCAAUCAUGCUCUUAGGCCUAGUAGUCGAAGGAGGACACUAGGGAAGGAUGCUCAGAAUUUGCUGGAGUAUUUCAAGAAAAUGCAGGCUGAGAACCCUGGUUUCUUUUAUGCAAUACAGCUUGAUGAAGAUAAUCGCAUGGCAAACGUGUUCUGGGCAGAUGUGAGGUCAAGAACUGCGUACUGUCAUUUUGGUGAUUUUGUGACACUGGAUACCACAUACAGAGUAAAUCAGUAUAGAGUGCCAUUUGCUCCAUUUACCGGAGUGAACCAUCAUGGUCAAACGGUUUUGUUUGGUUGUGCAUUACUUCUAGAUGAGUCCGAAGCGUCUUUUAUUUGGCUGUUCAAGACAUUCCUUACAGCAAUGAAUGAUAGCCCUCCUGUUUCGAUUAUGACUGAUCAGGACAGAGCCAUACAGACAGCAGUUGCUCAGGUGUUUCCAGAAGUCCGCCACUGCAUUAGCAAGUGGCAUGUUUUAAGAGAAGGCCAGGAUAGGUUGGCACAUGUGUGCCACGCACACCCCAAUUUUCAGUUGGAACUUUAUAAUUGUAUCAAUUUGACCGAAACUGUCGAGGAGUUUGAAUUGUCAUGGGAUUCUAUCGUUGAUAAAUAUGACCUCAGGAGAAAUGAUUGGCUUCAAUCAUUAUACAAUGCUCGCGCUCAAUGGGUACCUGUGUAUUUCCGGGAUUCCUUUUUUGCUGCUAUAUCUCCCAAUCAAGGGUAUGAUGGCUCCUUUUUUGAAGGCUAUGUGAAUCAACAGACUACAUUACCAAUGUUCUUUAGGCAAUAUGAAAGAGCUUUGGAGAACUGGUUUGAAAGGGAAAUAGAAGCAGACUUUGAUACAAUUUGCACGACACCAGUUUUGAGAACACCAUCACCCAUGGAGAAACAGGCAGCCAAUCUUUAUACAAGAAAAAUUUUUGCAAAAUUUCAAGAAGAGCUAGUUGAGACUUUUGUGUACACAGCAAAUAGGAUUGAAGGUGAUGGAGCUAUUAGCACAUUCAGAGUUGCGAAAUUUGAAGAUGACAACAAGGCAUACAUCGUUACAUUUAACUAUCCGGAGAUGAGAGCUAAUUGUAGUUGUCAAAUGUUUGAGUAUUCAGGCAUUCUUUGUAGACAUGUUUUGACAGUAUUUACUGUAACAAAUGUGCUUACAUUGCCUUCCCAUUAUAUUUUGAAACGAUGGACAAGAAAUGCAAAGAAUGGAACUAACCCAGAUGAACGUAGUGGUGAGUUAUAUGGCCAAGAGUCUCUAACUUUACGGUACAACAAUCUAUGUCGAGAAGCCAUAAAGUAUGCAGAGGAUGGGGCAACCACUACAGAAACUUUUAUUGCAGCAAUGACUGCUCUUAAAGAGGGUGGGAAGAAGGUUUCUGUUGUGAAAAACAAUGUUGCUAAAGUUGCCCCUCCUAGCGGUCAGAUUAGUGUGACUGGCUAUGAUGACAAAAAAAACUCGACAUCGACGUCAGAUUUGACUCCUUCGUUGUGGCCACGCCAUGAUGAAGUAAUGAGGCGUUUUAAUUUGAAUGAUGCCGGUGCACCUGCUCAAAAUGUUUCUGACCUGAAUUUGCCACGGAUGGCCCCUGUAUCUCUUCAUCGGGAUGAUGGUACUCCUGAGAACAUGGUGGUACUUCCGUGUCUAAAGUCAAUGACUUGGGUCAUGGAAAAUAAGAAUUCAGUACCAGGAAAUAGAGUAGCUGUCAUUAACCUGAAGUUGCAAGAUUAUAGCAGAAUUCCGUCAACUGAAUCAGAGGUUAAGUUUCAGCUCUCAAGGGUUUCAUUGGAGCCAAUGUUAAGGUCCAUGUCCUACAUCAGUGAUCAGCUAUCAACACCAGCCAAUAAGGUUGCUGUAAUUAAUUUGAAGCUUCAAGACACAGAGACAACUUCAGGGGAGUCAGAGGUCAAGUUUCAAGUUUCUAGGGAUACAUUAGGUGCCAUGCUAAGAUCAAUGGCCUAUAUCCGCGAGCAGCUUUCAAGUGCUGCUGAGAUCCAGCCAGAGUCCGUCGCUAAAAAGCAGCGGAAGUAAGGGCAUCCUAUUUAUUCUACUUCAGAUACUGUAACCCAGAUGUGUGUGACAUCGGGUCUCCAUGCGUAAGGGUGACCACCUAGCAAGUUCGGAGUGCUCACAGCAGCUACAUCUAUCGCCUUGCAUGGCCCUCCUCUUGUGUAUGAUUGUUGUCAACAUAUUUGUACAUGUACCGCUAGAGAAUCCAAAGCUUCAAAGAGAUUUGGUAGGUCUACGUGGUCAUAGAAUCUACGACAGCCCAGAAAUUAGAGGGUGCCACUAUUUGACAUGCUUGUUCCGAAAUUUUUUUUCUAUAGGAAUUGGUAGGGGUGAUUCUGAUUGCUGUAAGUUUGCAGUUCCCACAUGUUUUUUUGUUUUUGUGUUUUCCUUACGUUGUAGUAUAAGAUGUGAAUUCGUUUGUUUUGCUUGACUAUGUCAGUUGAAAGGAGCAUCUAAUUUCCCAUA